CAAGCCAACUGUCACACAGAAAAUUUAGAAAGUUUUUUUUCUGCUAAAAGAUUCCUUCUCCGGCGGCGCCGACCGCAGAGUUCAAGCAGAAAUAAUUAUUAUUCAGAGUGAAUUGGCGACUUUUUCAUUCCGUUCUAUAGCCGCAGUGAAACGUCUGUCGUACACACAGUGUUUAGUGAUUACGCAUUAAAACAGGUUUCAGUUUCGCGUAGACUAUGCGAGUUCUUUGCUGGACGCAAAAUUCAGCUAGUUGGGAUUGGUGCCUAGAUUGAAGUCGAUAAACACGGCGAAAAUCGUCUGAGCGGAAGGCCUACGGCCUCGUUCCGCUCCUUGCUUGACCCGCAUCUUCGGUCUCAACGGGAGACGCCGAAAUCCUUUAACCGGAGCCCACAGACAAAACAAGAGGAAAAAAAAAACAUAUUUGCGGUGGUAGCUGGCCCAGAUUUGGGCUUUUAUUCAUCGAGCUGAGCAGCUGGGAAGCGAUAACACAGAAAAGCGAACGUACGAACGGAGAAAUAAUCAUGCUGAAGAACAACCAGACGUCCUUCGAGGAGAAAUGGCCCCAAAUGCGACCGAUCGUACUCAAACUUCUGAAGCAGGAACCGGUCACACACUCCGAAUGGCAGGAGCUGUUCUACGCGGUCCAUCUGGUGUGCCUGUGGGAUGACAAGGGACCCUCGAAGAUACACGACUGCCUGCAAGAGGACAUCGUCACAUUCAUCAAACAGGCUCAAAGUCGAGUGCUGGCCCAACGCGAAGAGCAAGCCCUACUCAAGGCUUAUAUUGUUGAGUGGAGAAAGUUUUUCACCCAGAGCAGCUAUCUACCGUUGCCGUUUUGGCAGCUGGAAAAUGCAUUGCAGGGUAAAAGUCAGUCAUCUGGACACAACUCGAGUAGUAGCUCCUCAAAAAAAUCAAACCACUCGGAUGACAGCAUCGUGCGGAAGCUGAUGCUGGAUCUGUGGAACCAGAGCAUCUUCAUGAAUAUCAAACAUCGUCUGCAGGACUCGGCCAUGAAGCUGGUGCAUGCGGAACGAAACGGCGAGGCAUUCGAUUCGCAGCUGGUGAUCGGUGUCCGCGAAAGUUACGUUAAUCUUUGUUCCAACACCGAGGACAAGCUGGAAAUAUAUCGGGAGAACUUUGAGGCGGCUUAUCUACAAGCUACGUCCGCGUUCUAUCGUUUGAAGGCCAGCGAGCAGCUUCAGGCAGAUGGGGUGAAAAGCUUCAUGGAGUAUGCCGAUGCAAAGCUUCGGGAAGAGGAAGCACGUGCAGAGCGAUACUUGGAACCAGGCAGCAUAACAGCUCUGGCUCAGUGCUGCGUUACGGUGCUAAUCGGAGAUCAUCUGCCAACGUUACUUGCUGAAUGUCCUCCCUUGAUAGAAGGUCGGGAAACCGAACGGUUGCAGUUGAUGUUCCGUCUGUUGGAUAGAGUAGCCGGUGGCGUAGAUCCUAUGCUUCGCGACUUGGAGAAUCAUAUCGUACAGGCCGGUUUGGCGGAUAUGGUUGCUGCGGCUGACGUCAUAACCCAAGAUUCCGAGAAGUACGUGGAAAGACUGCUCGAACUGUUCCGCAGGUUUAGCAACCUGGUGAAGGAAGCCUUCAAUGAUGAUCCCCGGUUUCUGACGGCUCGCGACAAAGCAUUCAAAACGGUGGUCAACGACAUCACGGUGUUCAAGCUGGAACUGCCGACGUCGGCCACGGCAAUGGCGCGCGGUAUCAAGUCGGCCACUCCCGAGUCCAAGUGCCCGGAGCUGCUGGCCAACUACUGUGAUAUGCUGCUGCGGCGGACACCGUUCAGCAAGCGGCUCACCACCGAGGAAAUCGAAUCUCGCCUGAAGGACGUACUGCUGGUGCUCAAAUACGUAAGCAAUAAGGAUGUCUUCAUGCGUUAUCACAAGGCGCAUCUGACUAGAAGACUGAUCCUCGAUUCCAGUGCUGAUAGCGAAAAGGAAGAGGACAUGGUAGAAUGGCUGCGGGAGGUCGGCAUGCCGGCUGACUACGUCAAUAAGCUAGCUAGAAUGUUCCAGGAUAUAAAGGUUAGUGAAGAUUUGAACACACAAUUCCGGUCGCAAACGACCCGCCACGAUGCCAUCAAUAUAAAGAUCCUAAACGCGGGGGCCUGGGCGCGUGGUUCCGAACGGGUGUCCGUCAGUUUACCACUCGAGCUCGAAGACUACAUCCCCGAGGUGGAAGAAUUCUACAAGAAGAAACAUUCCGGUCGAAAACUGCUUUGGUAUCAUCACAUGAGCAACGGAACCAUUACCUUUGCCAACAAUUCCGGGCGGUUCGAUCUGGACGUGACCACGUUCCAGAUGGCGGUGCUAUUUGCCUGGAAUCAGCGCCCGAACGACAAAGUCUCCUACGAAAAUCUGCGUCUGGCGACAGAACUUCCCGAUCCGGAAUUGCGCCGAACGCUUUGGUCAUUGGUUGCGUUCCCAAAGCUAAAGCGACAGUUGCUUUCGUACGAUCCGGUCGUGGCGAAUCCGAAGGAUUUUGCCGAGAAUACUCUGUUUUGGGUAAACCAGGAAUUCGCACUGAUCAAGAACGGAAAACCACAGCGAAGGGGCAAGGUUAAUCUGGUCGGACGGUUACAACUGAGCACUGAACGAUCUCAACAGGAGGACAAUCAGUCGAUCGUGCAGCUUCGGAUACUCCGCACUCAAGAGGCCAUCAUCAAGAUCAUGAAAAUGCGGAAACGGUUGAGCAAUGCUGCUCUCCAGGCCGAGCUGGUGGAUAUUCUCAAAAACAUGUUCCUCCCGUCGAAGAAAAUGAUCAAGGAACAGCUCGAGUGGCUGAUAGAGCACAAGUACAUGCGGCGAGACGACGACGACAUCAACACGUUCAUCUACAUGGCUUAGACUGAUCGGAAUCGUACGCCAAACGCCCGGGAAUUCAUCAAACUAAACUUUUACACUUCUCUCGAACCACACAAAUCGCCAUCACCUUGCAUGCGAUGGAAAGUGAUGCUGGGGAGCUUACAAAAUAAACACGUGGUUCAGAUGCUUGGGUCGAAGCACUGGAGGCAACCUAAAAAACCCUUCCUCGCUGGUAAUCAGAUCUGAACCGACUAAAGACACUGUUUAAUUGUUGAACCUUUGUCCAGGGAGGAGAUAGGUAUUAUGCUUGCAAAAAUAAACCGAUAGGAUU